AUGAAUAUUUCCAGUAACCUUUCCCAGACGGUCACCAACCGUCAGAGCGAACUGGUCGCUCUGGUAUCCGUCUACGGCUGCGCUGCUGUCACGGGUGCCGUUCUUUCUACAACGCUGUUUCUCACCAUAAUACUACGGCCACAGCUGCGCACCGGCUCUGGCAUCCUUCUAGCCCAUCAUCAGCUACUGCACAUGCUGCAGACCGGCAUCGUCAGUCCGUUCUACAUCGUUACCGGUUGGGGCGUAUUUCUGGGCGCAUCAAUCGACGGUAUCAACUGCACCGCCAUGUUCUUCGUCUGCCAAAUAGUCAUCUGCAGUGAAAUAUGGAGCUCAUUAUUCCUCGCGGUAAACCGUCUUAUCGCCUUAAUCUUUCCGCACUACUAUAGCCGCAUUUCGUCGACUGCAGCAAUUGCCGGCUUCAUCAUCACGGCAUGGGUAAUCAGCGUGGCCGUUAAUCUUCCCGGCGUCUUCGGGAUCGGGAGUUAUUUUGCUAAGCGUGAGGUGGAUUGCGGAUAUACUCGCGUGACGAAUCAGCAUAUUUUUAAUGCAGUGGGCAUCCUUGGUAAAUAUCUGCCCCUUGCGUUGCAGGCGGUAGUGUAUGGAGUCAUUUUAUUCCAUCAUUUCCGUGCCCAGAACGGCCUACAAGCGGCGGCAAAAAAGCGCUUUAACUUGUUUCGCCUAUUGUUGUGCUCCUACGCCUGGUAUAUGGCUUGCUAUGCACCAUACCUGAUGACCUACUACGGAUUUCGGCGAUACUGGUUUGCCGAUGAAGUGCGCAUGGGAUGGUUUAUGGCUGUGCAAGAAAUCGGAUAUGCCGGAAGUCCGGUGUUUCUACUGCUAAUGAACAAGGACAUUGUGAAAAUUGCCAAAGAGGGACUACGUAUUCGGCUGCGCGACUACCGUGAGCCAAAACUGGAAGAGGGAGAACAGGGCGAUAAAGGCUACUAA